GUACCGGAUUUUUGCGGAGGGGAGGUUUACGUCCGUCGGCUCCCGUUGUUGAGAAAGAAAACGAGCCGCCUCGCGGCUACUGCGGGACCGGCCGCCGCCGUCGUCGUUUUUGUACCACUAGCCCCACCAAAAAGACCGGCAGCAGCACUUCUGCAAAAGCUUGUGUGUCGUCUGCUCAACUUCUGCUGUGUUUCUGUGUGGUGUCGUCUGCUUUUGUUUUUCGGGGACGCCGUCUGUGCCGCGCGGCGAUCGUCGGCUCCCGUCCGUCGUCUGCUACGGCAACAACGAUGCUACCGCGGCGUGUUGCCGUAGUGUGCCGGCGGCUUACGACGCGCAGGACCUCUUCUGCUGAAGGCGCCGCUCAUCGGUAGCGCCUGCUCGUGCCUACCCUGUGGAUUAUCUAUCCUUCACGACGGAGUUUCUUGUCGUCUGCUACUACUUCAACUGUCGUCUGCUUCUCCUCGAUCGUCUGGCUUCCGACACGCACACUCGGAUUUGGUGCUGCCGCCACAGUGGAUGUGAUUUUGUGAUCGUGGAUUAUUAGUUGUCUUUUGUUUUCUUUGAACGCGCGUACUCUACAACAGAUCGCGUCGCGAUGAGAUUAUUACUACCCGUCGCGGCUACUCGAUGCCCAGGCGUCGCGACCACGCGUAGCCGCGUCUGCGACUACCCCGAGGGCCGGAGGCACUGACGCUCACAAAAAAACGCAAAUUAGGUCUUGUUUUAAGUCUCCGCUGGGAACAUUAAGAGUAACGGCUCUGUUCUUGUUUAUUUUCUCUCUUUCUUAACAAGAAAGACCCGAAGUCGUAGGCUACGGGUGCUCGGCUUCAUCAUCAGGUCUACUCUACCGGUUGCUGAGUCGUCGCGACCAUGGUAGCGAGAAGACCGGAAAGACGGAGGUAUUCCGCGACUUGGGAAGAGUCUGAGGUCGUCGAAGACAGCGCGGUCAGGUGUUCUUCGGCCAGGGACUUGCCGGGGGCGACGCCAAUGACGGCGUACCAUUGCCACCGCCGCCUCGCGUCGUCGGAGCAUACGACGUCGAGGGACUCGAAGUCGCAUCCGACGACGUUGCCGUGUUGGUGGCAGCAGCAACAACAACGAAGGCGAUGGUCUCGUAGCGACUCGGAGCACCAGGAGUCGUCGAACGACUCGACCACCCGAAGGCAAAGAAGACUUCGACCUAGUCGGUCGUCCCAACAUCGCCACCACCAACAAGAAGUCCUCCCCGACGAGACGUGGACGGCGGGGUGGCCCCGUCCGCGGUCUUGGUGGUCGACGACGUCGCCAGCGACCACGCCUUGUUACCGGAGGACGUCGACGACGCGAAGGCCCAGCUGCAGCCUGCGGUCGUCGCUCCUACUCCUGGUUUUACUCUGCUUACUGCAGCAACCACUUCUGGUCCUCGGCUCCGGCGUUUUCGAACUCCGGCUCGGCUCCUUCUCGAACCCUUCGAACCGCGACUCCCAGGGCGCGUGCUGUUCGACGGGGCUACCCCCGGCCACCGAGGGUACCCCGUGUCCGGGUAGCCCCUGCCGGGUAUCCUUCCGCGUCUGUCUCAAGCACUACCAAAAGACCGUGGACACCGACUCGCCCUGCACGUACGGCGAGCUCAGCACGCCCGUUCUCGUGCAGUCCACGUCGGACGGCGCCAUCUUUAACGCGUCACGGCCACCCAUAACGUUCCCCUUCGAGUUCUCAUGGCCCGGCACCUUUUCGCUCAUCAUCGAAGCGUGGCACGAAGGACCUGCGCCCGCCGGCGGUUCGACGUCGUCUUCCGGCGUUCACCGGACCCUGGUGGCGCAGAUGUCGACGCAGAAGUGGCUCGACGUGGGCGACUCCUGGACGCCCGGUACGCUACAGAAGGAGCGCGCCGCCCUGUCUUACUCGUACCGCGUCCGCUGCCAGGAGUUCUACUACGGCUCCGAGUGCGCCAAACUGUGUAGGCCCCGAGACGACAAGUUCGGCCAUUUCACGUGCAGUGCGUCCGGCGACGUCGUCUGCCUGCCAGGCUGGAAAGGGGACUACUGCACCAAAGCGAUCUGCCUGAAGGGCUGCAAGGAGCCCCAGGGCGACUGCGACCGUCCCAACGAGUGCAAAUGCCGCAUCGGCUGGGAGGGCCCGCUGUGCGACCGCUGCGUCCGCUAUCCGGGCUGCCUGCACGGCACCUGCUCGCAGCCCUGGCAGUGCAACUGCGACGAAGGCUGGGGCGGCCUGUUCUGCAACCAGGACCUCAACUACUGCACCAACAACCGGCCCUGCCGACACGGCGGCACGUGCACCAACACGGGACAGGGCUCGUACACCUGCUCCUGCCUGCCCGGCUACGCCGGCACCGAUUGCGAGAUCGUCGAGGACCCCUGCCUGGCGUCGCCCUGCCAGAACGGGGGCAUCUGCCGCGCCACGGACUCCGCGACGUCUUCUUCCUCGACCCACGGCUACACGUGCAGCUGCCCUCCGGGACUCGGGGGCCGACACUGCGAGGUCCCGCACAGCGCGUGCGACUCCAACCGGUGCCUCAACGGGGGAAGCUGCCACGAGGCUCCGGACACGCCGGAAGGUUACCGGUGCCUGUGCCCUGACGCCUUCGCGGGAGACCGGUGUGAAGUGCAGAGGGACCCGUGCGAGCCGUCGCCCUGCGCUAACGGUGGUACGUGCGUCACUCUCUCGGACGGCAACUCCCGCGGCGGCGAGCAGCGGUACCGCUGCGAGUGCCGGCCGGGCUUCGAGGGACCCCAGUGCCGGACCAACAUCGACGACUGCGCCUCCGACCCGUGCCUGAACGGCGCCACGUGCCUGGACGGCGCGGACAGCUUCCGCUGCCUCUGCCGGCCGGGAUUCGUGGGUCGGCUGUGCGAUCACGACGUCGACGACUGCCUCACGUACCCGUGCGCCAACGGGGGCCGCUGCGUGGACCUGGUGAACGACUUCGCCUGCAACUGCCCCGCGGGCUUCUCUGGCAAGGACUGCUCGGUGAACCUGGACGAGUGCGCUUCGUCGCCGUGCCUCAACGGCGGCGUGUGCGUCGACCUGGCCGGCCGGUACGAGUGCCGAUGCCCGGGCGACUUCAGCGGCGACCGCUGCGAGCACCGGCCGCCCGCGCUCGCGCCUCGGGUCGCCGUGGUGCCGCCGUCGCUGGGCAGGUCGUCGGCGAGGCGCGGCGGCGAGGAUAUGGGCCGCCACGACCUGCUCACGAGGGCGGAAGACAACAGACGGGGCCGGAGUGACGAGGACGCGCUCUCGGGCGUCCAGCUGGCCCUCAUCGUGACGGCGUCGGUGGCCGUCCCGCUGAUCGCCCUCGCCGCGGCGCUCGUUAUCGUGUGCCAGCGGCGGCGGUGGAAGGAGCGACGCGACGCCGAGGCCGCUAAGCGCCAGAACGAACGCAACGCGGUCCAGCACCACGGCAUGAACAACAAAGGUGCCGGCGGCAAGGCCCCGCCGCACACGGUGGUCGUCAACACGCUGGUCGAGAAACCGCUCCAGAAGAAGGCUAACGGGGACAACAACGCGGCGUCUUCGUCGUCGUCGUCGACCUCCGCGGCAGCCACGACUGGUACGGCCAAAGUGCUGAACGUGGACGCGAGAGCACAGAGCAAGCUCUCGCUCGACGUGGACACUACCCCAGAAGGGGUGCACGCGAGUACGAGGACUCUAAACAGGCUCUACCAGGAGCCGGGUGGUGGUGGCAUUGAGGGUGGUGUGACAGUGGCAACGCAGCAUGGCCUGGACCGUGCUUCGUUGCGUGGAUCCUCACCCAAAAGCUGUGAUUCAAGAGUGGCGGAUAGCACCGUAGUCGAAGAGGACGACAUCGUGUCAAUCAAACAGCAGCUGCAGCAACAGCCCCAACCAGUCACGGGAGGCAAUAGCGCGGUGUACGUGAUAGAGGACCACUAUCGGGACGAAAACCUGCUCGCAACAGAAGUGUGAGACGGUCUCCAGAUGCCAACGUGGGUGGUACCCCCCUACUGCCAUCGUGCGUUGUGAUUCGCUGCCCUCUGACCUCGAUGAAGCCCUGGCCGGGCACGGGGACGUGACGUUGCCGUGCCCGCAGUCGCCACGUGACCAUGACGUCACGAGCCGUCGUCCCCACGUGACUGACGCCACGCGCCGUCAUCGUCACGUGCUGUCGUCGAAGUGCAGCUGCGUCUGUUCGAAAGUGCCCCCCAUGUGCCAUCGUCAACACUGCCUGUGACGUUUCGUGACAUCAGUGUGUGUGCACAUCCCCCUUCCCGGGCAGCUAUAAAUGAAGGGCAGCGCCGGAAGAAGAGGUCGUCACGUGUGGGACUUUUAAAGACAGAUGCGUGACGGUCUGGGCCACCACCACGACCUCACAACCAAAAUAGUCAUCCAGAGAGUCUUUUUUUUUUCUUUUAUCAUUAAUAUAAAUGCUUCCCUAGUGUGGAGAGGUGCUGUCUGUGGACUGAAUGCGUGAGGACCUCAUGGACGUGUGUACGGAACACUUAUUGCGAUCACGUGCCUAACCACAUGUGACUGUUGCGGCUCGCCAGAGCCCACCACCUCAUCGUCAGUUGCAGAAAGAGCCUUCCCAGCAUCGUCACCACUCAUGGAUCCAAAGAGCUUGUUCUAUCUAUAUUCCCUUUCGCUUGUGUGCACGUGACAUGCAUACGUUGCAAAGCCAGAGACUUAUUUCGAAAAAUGUCUGUCGGGACACGUGAGCAGCGGGCAGGCGUGUGCGUGUGUCUGCUGUCUGUGUCGCGUGUUCCCCGGGAGAGUCCUAAGAAACCGUCUGGGUAUUUUCACCAUUUUUCUUGUUUCAUGCAUUUUUCUUUUUUUUUGUCAUGUUUACGCCUUGUUGAUUAAUUUUAUUAUUUGUUCUUCCUUUUCAUACCUCUAUGACUCAGCCAAGUCCUUAGAGCCUUUUAAGCACCUACCAGGAGAAGGAGUGUUUCUUUUGUUUUUAAUUUCUCGCAAUGUUAUAUGCGCAACUUGUCCCUGCAGUGAGAUAAAAAAAGAACACACAUCUCAUCCUCAUCUACGUCCUGGCUUUUCAGUGGCCAUUGUCUCCUUGUGAGAGGGCACGAAAUUUCCUGCUGGAAACAUUUGCAUGUGUGGCCGGUAUUAGAUUAUGUAUUUAUUCGAAAUGCUGUUUAUUCAAAUACCCUCGAGUGCAUUCUCUUCAGUCGUUCCAUUUAGCCCGUCCUGAGCCUAUGCCUGUUGUCCGUGCCUGUGGUCUCAAUUGUCUGGUCAUUUUUCGCCUGCCCACAUCUUUCAUAUUUUAUAUUUCUCGCUGCUCUUGCCUGUUCGAUGUGCUCAUCAUGUUCUGGCAGGCCACGCUUCAAUCCCCCGCAAGAUAAUUGUUUUUUCUAAUUUAUUAUUACCCGUUAGAGCAGUGGCUCUCAGUGGUGUCGAAGGCGCAGCGUCUACAGCCAACUCUCGUUGCCCACAAACAACUCCGUCGGAUCUGACAUCACUAAACGUGUUGCUGCAGUCUUUUGCGGCAGUUGCAAAAGUCUUACCAGCUCUUAUCAAAUUUAGCACACCGCCUUGACAGAACCACCCGAGUUGGCGUAGUCUCUGUACAUGUUCGACACCACGACUUGUAAGUUAAGGACCUCGGUAUUAGUAUCGCAGUUUGUACGUCAUGCACAGUUGCAGCAGUUCCGUGUUUUUCGUUCUCUGUGUUCCAAGCUCAGUCUGUCCGUGCCUCACCGCUGCUUGUCUCGGGCUGUUCUUCAUGUUGUUCCUCUUGUACUGUUUACGUGUUCCUGCAGUUUGUGCCGUGCAAGCUCAGUGACAGUGCCACUGCUCGAAACCGUCAUUCUGUCCCGAGACUCCUGCUUUUUUCAUCUCCUAGCGUCUCCAUCCCAUGUCGUUCUUUUGGGGUUAUUCGUUGUCGCUCCCUUGAUUGCAAAUUGGUGUUAACCAGGGCGUCAAAUGGAAGCGACAGAAAUUGUGCAUGGACAUUAGUGCGAACGUUAUCAUGCUCCCUCUAGAUUUAUCUGUCGUUGCCUUCGUGUGACAUCAGGUAUUUUAAAUCGCAUCGCUCCUCGGGACACCUUGUGGAGUAGAAGCCCACAGACGCAUGUAUUCAGUCAUGUAUGUAAGCUUAAGUUAGGAUCGUUUCACCGCUAUCGAGGGGUGUACUGUAGUGGCGUAAUCAUGUUAAUGUGAAGCAUUGAGGCAUUUAACAUGCUGUGCAGGCAGCUCUGCAACCCACAAACUUGUUGCCUUCUCCUUGCAAAGUGAGUUCAGGCCGUGGCUUGGGUCUAGAUGUUGUUCUAUUUCCUUUCUACUUCGUGUCUUCCCUUUUUUUAUUUAUUUUAAGAUGAGACAUUGUUUAAGUGCCGCUCGCAAAACCUCACAAGUGAUGGGGGCUUUGCAUAGCCGUUAAAGGCGGCCGACCUGUACCGCAGAUAGUAUUAAUAAUUAUUACGGUUUAGUUAUUCGCAUGCGCACCGUUUCGCCGCGCAAGGUUUACUCACCGUCGCGUGCCGCGAGCGAUGUAUUGCCCCAGUUUGAGCCGGUGUCCUUAGUUGGCCCAGAUACUUCUUGCGCCGACUGUCGCGUGUGUUGAUUUAACUCCGAGUAGCCACGAUAGCUUGGAUGGAUUAGGGUAUCGUAUAACGCUUGACCGGAGAAUGGUGUUAUCUCCGCGCUUACUCCAUUCUCGGUGCAUUAGAUCCCUUUUCUUGACUGGUGUAAUGGUGUAAACUGUGCGGUUAUUCCUCCAUUGUCGGUGUACAUUUUACGCCCUUCUGCCUUGCUGCUAUUCCAGCGCCAACUGCAUGCUGACGGUUCGCUUUCACCAGUACGCUUGAUCAGCAUGAAAAAAUCGUUGCGUCGAAAUUGCGAGUAUUGAUUGAUUGAGCGAUUUAGCGGUACACUGGGUGUAAAAGAUAACUCCCCAGUCUCACACACUUUCAAUUGACUCUCUCGAGGCGCCGCACGAGAGUACUUCUUGCGCGGACGAAACGGAACGUGGUGCACGAUGAGUCAAGUCUUAACGGUUUUCUUUUUUUUUUUUAAGAGAGAGAAAAAAAAACGAAAUGAUCGUUACGUCAUUAGCGGGGAGCCGUUAUUCUACCGUGUUAUCUGUAUGUACGUCUGUUCAUCACAAGCGAUCGUCUCUCGCACAGGUGUGAGAGUACUCGUUUUCGAGAUAUGCAUGUGGCUGUGAAAUCGCAUUCACGUCUGUUAUUCUUGUGUUCUCGUUCGUGCGUUCCACACGACGUGACGUCAUUUCCCGCGUAAGCUCUUUGUUUAUUGCCACCCCUUCCUUUCUUGCCUCAUGCUCUUUCAAAACACGAUUGUCUCUGUACAGCGUGCCCAACAACAUAAUUUAUGAUGAAUAUCUGUAAUAUUUCAUUUUUUUUUUUUAAGAAUAUGCGAAGAGUCCUGUACAUAUGUAUAUUUAUGAAGUACCUUAGGAGUUAUAAGAUGCAAAUGGAAGUACCCAGUCUCCCCCCAUCCCUUGAAACGCCUGCCGUUCAUCUGGCUGUACAUAAGUGUUCGGCAAAGAACGAAGCGCCGAAAGAGAAAGCGUGAAAAGAAAAAAAAACGCAUUCAAUAAAUGCAGAGUCGUUAUUUUUGCAC